AUGCAUGGCCCUAAACCGCCGGCAGCAGUAGGCAUAGGCUUUAUGCCACAUAAAAACCUACUUGCACUUGCACUUGCUAGGGCUCGUGUGUCCCCUUUCGCCAUCGAAGCUGCUACCACCACCACCGCCACCAAUGGCGGAUCUAAGUGCGGGCUGGAGUGGGCUCCAGCCAAGUGCUGA